UACAUCUUUGAAAUUAUGAACAUCAAAAUGUGUGUAAACAAAUUAACAAUAAUUACAGUUCAAUCUGUUACAUACAAAGAAUAUAGAACUGCUCAUAACAUUAUAGUUUUAUUCAGUAAAACCAUUGUAGUGAUAGAAGUUUCCAUUUAUAAUUAGAAAAAACAAUAACAUUGCCUAACAUUCAAACACACCGCUGACUGCACAGUCAAGUCAUUGGCAACACCUUUUUUCCUGCUUCACAUAGGCAUGAGCCCUUGUGACUGAAGCUGUUGGCUGUCUGCUACUGCACUCAUGUGAACCUGAGAUUUGUAAACAUUUUCUAUUCAGUUACACAGAGAAUGGGUUCAGAUUACAUUUAAUUGAGAAAAAAAAUAUUUAAUAACCCUUCUUCUAUCUCUCUAACUCCCAUUUUCCCACUAACAAAUUGCUAUCACAUAGCAUAUGCAGCUGCUCAGCAUAUCCAAAAAGAGUGUGUUUUUCACACUCUUUGGGAUUUUCUUAAUGAUACAAUCCCAUCGUCAAAGCAAGAUUCCAGAUGCUCAUGUCACCUGCAUCUACUCUGAAGACUGUAUCUUGCCUUGUACAUUUCCCCCUUCUUUGGAAGGGGUUGUUUUUCAAUGGUACAAACAGGAAACACUGAUAUUCAGUUUCCUGGAGGAUAAAGAUGAAUCUGUUCACAGCGACAUUUCAGUGUUUACUGAUGAAGUGUCGCAUGGCAAUGCUUCCCUGCUUUUGGAGGACAGCAGUAUUAGAAGCCGAGGACAGUAUAAAUGUGUGGUUAAUACUACUAAGUCUGUUUGGGAGUCUAAUGUCAUUGUCAAGGUUGAAGCUCCUAUCAGUGGGAUUACUAUUGGGGUCAUUCCCACUCAGCAUGUGCAGUGCUCUUCACAUGGUGUAUACCCUGCUCCACUACUUAAAUGGUCUACAGAUCCAAGCCUUGCUCGCACUUCCCCGCAAGCAGUCACUCGAAUGAGUGCAGAUUCAAAUGAUCUGUUUAGUAUAGUGAGUACACUAAAGAAAAUGAGUACAAACUUAAAUCUUACCUACAUCUGCAGCAUCACAUCAAAAUAUAGCUUACAGUCUUGGAGAGCCUCACUGCUUCAAACAGAAAUGACUGUACAUUUUGGGCAACACCUAGUCAUUCCAUGUAUGGCUCCAAAGAAUAUUAAAAACCUCACUCUUACUUGGACUUUUAUAAGUAUGAACACACACACAGACAUCCUGACUUAUUAUAGUGAAACCCAGAGGAUUCAAUACUACUGGGCAGACCAGGGAGAACUGGAUCUAUACAAGGCUCUGAUGGGAGAUGGAUCACUUUACUUAAAGUAUUUAGGCUCAAAGCAUUCUGGGACAUAUGUCUGUACAUUCACAGGUUUCCAGGUCAUACACAUAGUUCAAACUUUAGUCAAAAACAAUGUCGCCAAGGCAAUUUCACAAGCAGAUUCAAGUGGAUUCAAGUUGUGGAUGGCAGCCUUAAUUGUAGCUGCUGUAGCCCUCCCUUGUGUCAUUUACUGCAUAUACAACAAAUGUAAAGUAAGUCAGUUGAAACAUUAUGGGCAAGACCCCCAACAAGACACAGAAAUGCAGGCUAUGCAUAAAGACAAUUCUGUGGAGGAUUUACCAACUGAAAACAAACCACUUGCAGAGUACAAUAACGAAGACCUUUAGCCAUAGCACAAAAGGGCAGGGGGAUUAGGAAGAGGGCAAAUGCACAACCAAGCAACAGGUUGUCUCCUGUAUAUUUGCUGUGGUAUAGGGAGAUCAAGGGUUCACUAUCAGUGGUCACUAUUUAAAAGUAAUUUAACUACAUUUAAACUACUUUUUAUACACAUUGUUAACAAGUGAACAAAUAUCUGGCAUCACUUUCUUAAAAAAAUAUACAAGGACAAGAAUAUACAAUAAUUAAAUUCUGUUCUAGUAUCACUUUUUAUCCAGUUUAAGAUUCUUUUGUUAGGAUUUUGCAUUAUACAAUGAAACUUUGCAUAGUAUAAUGGAGACAUUAUAAUUUUGUUUUUUUCUUUUGACUUUGUGUAGCUUCUUUAUUGUUUAAAUUUAUCUCUGAUUAAAUAAAG